UCGAGCAGAUUCGUCUUGCAUCCAGAUCGAGAAUGAAGUGUCUGAUUCUAGCCUUUGCCGUUGCCGCUGUCCUGAUUUCCCAGGCCACAGCCGGAAAUGUGAUUAUCGGCGGAGCAUGCCGGGAUUGUAGUCCGCCGGUGGCGGAAAACGUGGUGGUCGGUGGCCAAACCUACAAAACUGGAAGGCCGGGCCAGGGAAAUGUCUACAUCAAUUCCCCCGACGCUUAUCCAGGAGCUCUGGGAGCUGGUCCAUCGAUUGCAUCUGGUGGAAGAGGAGGAGGCGGUGGCACUCGUUAUCCCGAUGGCUUCAGUGGUCGCCUGCCUGGUGGCACUUACCUUCACAAUAAGGAUUGCGUCGGCUGCAGCAUCAGCGGAGGUGGCGAUUAAACAACAAUAAAGAUUACAAAAUAA